AUGGACGCGUCGCGAGACGGCAUCUCGAAGCUGAUGCUCGCCGAGAAGGAGGCGCAGGCGAUCGUGCGCGCGGCGAGGGAGGAGAAGACGUCGAGGUUGCGCGCGGCGGUGGAGGAGGCGAAGGGCGAGAUCGCGUCGUAUAGGGCGGAGCGUGAGGCGCGGUACGCGCAGAUGGUGGCGGAGCAAGCUGGGAAUAAGGCGGAGAGUGAGAAUCGGCUCCAAGCGGAGUUCAACGCGGAGAUCGCAAAGCUUCACGGACAAGUGAACGCGGCAAAGGCAUCGGUAGUCUCUGACUUGCUAAACGCAGUGACAAGCGCGUGA